GUUCUAUGCUCAUUUUACAACCCACGAGGAGAUGUCGGGGCAUCCUCUCCCAAGAAAGAUCAAAGUCUUCGAGCUGGUUUCUCCCAGGGCAAUUGACCAAUUUACAUUGAGUGAGGUUAAAUAGCUGAAUAGAUUAUUGAUACCUCAUUCGCAACAUGCUAACUCGCUCGAGUCCUAGGCUUGCUUUUGCUUGGCACCCAGUCCGGCCCAUCUUCCGCGUUCUUAUUCCCUUGAUCUUGCAAGGUCCGGUCCACCUUGCGGACACAAGCGUGCAGCCAGAACCGAACAGCGGUGUCAAACACACCGCUCACGGCGGCAGGUGCUCCGCCCUCAGAGACGGGAGCCGUGUGAACGUCAUCAUUGGCAUUCCACAUUCUGGGGAGGUUGGGUUGGGUAAAGGCUGCCUGCCGCUUUGACUCUGUUCCAUGUUUCAAGUUAGGCGGGGUGACAACAAAAGUUUGCACCCUUAUUUGGGAGGGACAUGACUGCGGAAUCGAAUACCUACCAACCUUGUAAAAAGCAUUGCUAUCUGAAAUCUCUCUGCACCUUGUGCGUACAGCAUGCAGUCAGCUUCCUUUUCUCCUGGCAAAUAGGCUUGCGCCGGUAAGAUAGGUCGCUUCACUUUGCAUGUUUCUUGGCC